GUCUCCUCCCUUCUCGGCGUCUCCGCUUCUUCUCCAUCUGCUCCCACUCCCCCUCGUCUAGGGUUUUGCUCCAAACCCUAGCCCCAGCGCCGAUCCCCACCCGCUUCAUGGACGUCGAGGGCGAGGUCCCCGCCGCGGCGGCGGCCGCGAUUGCGAACGGCCUGGGCGGCGGGGAGGAGGCGUCCCCGGCGCCCUUCUCCGCGGAGCAGCUGGACGUGGAGGCGUACGCCGCGCAGUACUCCGGGCGGACCCGCCUGGCGCGCCUCAUCUUCAUCGCGGACCGGUGCGGGGUGGAGGCGAUGCAGCUCGAGGCGCUGCGGAUGGCGUACGACGAGAUCAAGAGGGGGGAGGACGUGCAGCUCCACCGCGACGUCGCCGUCAAAAUCAACGGCCGCCUCGGCCCUCGGUACGGGCUCGACCAGGCCUGGGUCGACACCGUCGCCCGCCGCGCCGAGCAGCGCAAGGAGAAGCUCGAGAACGAGCUCAACGGCUACAGAACUAACCUGAUCAAAGAAAGCAUCAGAAUGGGUUAUAAUGACAUUGGUGAUUUCUUCUAUGCUCAUGGCCAACUUUCAGAUGCCUUCAAAAGCUACAUCAGGACCCGGGACUACUGCACCACUUCCAAGCAUAUAGUUCAGAUGUGCAUGAAUGUGAUUCUGGUUAGCAUUGAGCUGGGGCAGUUUGCACAUGUUACAAACUAUGUCAGUAAAGCAGAGCAGACCCCAGACUCUUUGGAUCCUAUCAUUGUCGCGAAGCUGCGUGCAGCUGCAGGAUUAGCCAACUUGGAAACAAAGAAAUACAAAUUUGCUGCUCGUAAGUUUGUUGAGACAGGAAUUGAACUAGGAAACAACUACUCUGAAGUCAUAGCUCCGCAAGAUGUGGCUGUCUAUGGUGCCCUUUGUGCACUUGCUUCUUUUGAUCGUUCAGACCUGAAGAGCAAAGUCAUUGACAAUAUUAACUUCCGUAACUUUCUGGAGCUGGUGCCUGAAGUAAGGGAGCUGGUUAAUGAUUUUUAUGCAAGUCGCUAUGGAUCAUGCUUGGGGCAUCUCGAGAAGCUAAAGCCGAACCUUCUACUAGAUAUCCAUCUGCAUGAGCAUGUAGAGACUCUGUACACGGAUAUUCGCCAUAAAGCUAUCAUACAGUACACACUUCCAUUUAUAUCUGUUGAUCUCAACACAAUGGCAACUGCCUUCAAGACUUCUGUGUCCAUGUUGGAGAAGGAGCUGGCUGCACUGAUCACUGAGAACAAAAUACAGGCCCGGAUAGACUCCCACAACAAGAUUCUUUAUGCAAGGCAUGCUGACCAGAGAAACACAACUUUCCAACGUGUCCUUCAAACUGGCAACGAGUUCGAGAGAGAUGUCAAGUCUAUGCUUCUGCGAGCCAACCUCCUCAAGCAUGAUUACAUCCAAAGGACUGGACCAAGGAAGAUGUGAAGUUGUUACUAGACAUUGCUGCCUGCCUCUCUUUUGGAAAUAUUUGUUUUGCUGAAAUGUCUUGUUGAGGUUAUGGAUGGUUGAGCAUCUGGAGAUGUGAUGACCUGUCAUGCUCAUUUUGUGGGCAAGAUUUAAUUUGAACUCUUAAUGCUUGGAGGUGGUACAUAUGAAGUAUUAUUCGGUGGUUUUUAAAUUAAACUUAUCCCGCUGUAGUGUUUCUUUACUUGGAUGCACGCUUCUUAUGCUGUAGUGUUGUAUCCAUGGGUGAUGCUGUCGAAAUUUAAGCGCAUGUGGCGACCUGCGCCGUUUGGGUUUUUCAA